AUGGAGAACUCUACUCACUUCAAGGUCUUUAGGCUUGCUGCAUACGGUGAUAUCGGACAAUUGAAGUAUUUCUACUUUGCUGUAGUAACUGUAUUAUAUUUUGUCAUCAUUCUUGCCAAUUCUUUCCUUAUUGGAGUUAUCUGCAUUGAAAGAAGCCUUCAUGAACCCAUGUAUCUGUUUAUAUGUGCUUUGUUUGUUAAUCAGUUGUAUGGGAGCACUGGUUUGUUUCCUGCUCUCAUGUUUUACUUGCUCUCUGACACACGUGAUAUUUCCCUUCUUUAUUGUUGUCUCCAGAUUUAUGUGUUGUACACAUACAGUUUAACAGAAUUUAGUAAUUUAGCAGUUAUGUCCUAUGACAGGUACAUUGCUAUUUGUUAUCCUCUAGAAUAUAACAAUAUUAUGACACCUAAAAUAAUUUGUGGCUUAAUUCUACUGCCCUGGGUGUAUUCUUUUUUCAUCAACGCCAUCAUUAUCUCCCUGACUUUGCGACUGCAAUUUUGUGGUAACGUUCUAGAUAGAGUGUAUUGUGACAACUACUCCGUAGUCAUGCUUGCAUGUUCAAAUACUAUACUGAAUAACAUAUCGGGUCUUGCUGGCGCUUUGCUGACUUUUUCUUGUACUACAUUUCCUACCAUAUACUCAUAUGUAAGAAUUCUACAAAUAUGUUUAAAGUCUUCAAAAGAGACGAAACAGAAAGCAUUUAACACUUGUACGCCACAUAUAGCCUCUUUGCUGAACUUCUUCUUUGGCUGUUUAUUUGUGAUUGUACAAGGCAGAUAUGAUGCUGCACAUCUUCCACCUAUACUUCGCACUAUUUUAUUUGUUUAUUUUCUGGUAUGUCCACCACUUUUCAAUCCUUUUAUGUAUGGCAUUAGGAUGGUUAAAAUCAGGCAGGCUUGUAUAAAGGUACUAGGCCUAAACCCUGAAAAAUAACCUGAUUGUUCAUUUUUGUAAUAUUGAAUUAUGUGUUUUGUUACUAAUAGUUGCUAUAAUUGACUGUACAAAUAGGUGUCAUUUUGGCAUAAAUUCUCUGUAGCCCAAAGAUUAUUUACAAAAUUGCAGCAAGUUUAUUAUGUAUUGUAAGUGAGAAUGUUUUGUGUCAUGUUAGCUAAUUAACUGCAUAACUACGGAGCAUCAAAGGGAACUGCUCUCCCUACCUUCAGGCUAUGCUCAAACAGAUGCUAAGUGGGAUCUUUGGGAUGACCCUACUACACCCCAACCCAUUCUGCCACCUCUGGUCUAUUGGCCCAACUAACUUUAGGACAGCUGUGUCCCUGCCCAUCUUCCUAAAACGUCUGUCAUCGUGAAAAUGUUUUAUUUUGUUGCAGUUUUCAAGUUAAUUUCCUGCAGUUCUACACUUUUUGCCAUGAGGCAGAGAUAAAGGGAACAUGAAGGUUGUAUAGUGCAGGUGUUUCUGCAAUGUAUAUGUAACGUGUGCUUACAUUAUUCUAGCAGGGAUGGUUUAUGACUGGUUUGUCUCCAUUUGUAAGCCAUUACAAUAUCAUAGCAUAAUGACCCCUUAUAAUGUGAAGAUGUUGUUAACCUUGGUAUAUUUUAUUCCCAUAACCAUUUUCUCUCACUUAGCAGUUGAUAAAUUAUCCUGUGUUGAAAGUGCACUGAGUAACCUGUAUGGUAUGGUAUAUGUAUCAUAGCAAGCCUAGUGGUUUUAAUUGUUGUGUUAAUUGUGCUCUCAUAUGUAAAAAUAUUACUUGUUUGAUUAAAAGCCUAAAAGGAGUCACAAAAGGCUUUUAAUACGUGUGCUCCCCACUUGAUCUCUUUCAUCAACUUCUCUGCAGCCACCCUUUUUUCUCUUAUUUACAACAGGCACAACACAGCAACCAGAGAG